AUCUCUCUCUCUCUCUCUCCAUCAUUCAUCCAUCCCCUACCGGCCACCACCCAUCUCUCUCUCUCUCUCUCUAUCCACGUUACACCUCUCAGUCUCUGACCCUGACACCAACAUCUCUGCAACUCCCUCUGUACAAGCUCGCCUUGUCCUUCUCCUCUCGGAUUUGUUCUUCUUCCCCGCGAAAGCUUCCCCAAAAGCUGUCCCCUCCUUUCAGAUUCUCUCUCUGACAAUUCCCCGGCUUUUUCUCUCUCUACCCCCACCCACUCCGACUCCCUCUUUCUCUCUCUACCUCCCCCCCAUCGAUCAUGCUUCAGAGCUCCCUCGUCCCUCAAUCCCCCAUCGCUUCUUCUUCGACCGCCCCCGCCGCCCUCCUCCGCCCCGCCUCCUCCUCCUCCUCCUCCUCCUCCAUGAAGACCAAGCGCCCCGACCGCGACCGGGACCUCCCCGGCGCCGGCGCCGGCUCCCCCUCCUCCGGCGACGACCGCCCCUCCUCCUCGAAGCGAACCCACUUCUCCGGCGGGGACGACGCCACCGUCUCCGGCGAGAAGGCCGCCUCCGCCUCCGCCGCCGCCGCCGAGGAGGCCGAGCUGGAGCCGCCGGCGCCGGCCGACGACGGGGAGGGCAGCGGGCUGCGCCUCCUGGGGCUCCUCCUCCAGUGCGCCGAGUGCGUCGCCAUGGACAACCUAGCCGACGCCAGCGACCUGCUUCCGGAGAUCUCCGUCCUCUCGUCGCCGUUCGGGUCGUCGCCGGAGCGGGUCGCGGCCUACUUCGCGCACGCGCUGCAGGCGCGCGUGGUCAGCUCGUUCCUCGGGUCGUACGCGCCGCUCGCCGGCCGGGACCUGGCCCUCGCUCAGUCGCAGCGGAUCUUCCACGCGCUCCAGUCCUACAACUCCAUCUCCCCGCUCGUCAAGUUCUCCCACUUCACCGCGAACCAGGCCAUCUUCCAGGCCCUGGACGGCGAGGAUCGCGUCCACGUCAUCGACCUCGACAUAAUGCAGGGCCUCCAGUGGCCCGGAUUGUUCCACAUCCUCGCCUCCCGGUCCCGCAAGAUCCGGUCCGUCCGGAUCACCGGGUUCGGGUCCUGCUCCGAGCUGCUCGGCUCCACCGGCCGCCGGCUCGCCGACUUCGCCAGCUCCCUCGGCCUGCCCUUCGAGUUCAACCCGGUGGAGGGCAAGAUCGGGAGCCUGCCCGACCCGGGCCGCCUCGCCGUCCGCCCCGGGGAGGCCGUCGUUGUGCACUGGAUGCACCACUGCCUCUACGACAUCACCGGCAGCGACCUCGCCACCCUCCGGCUACUGACGCUGCUCCGCCCAAAGCUGAUCACCACCGUCGAGCAGGACCUCAGCCACGGCGGCAACUUCCUCGGCCGCUUCGUGGAGGCGCUGCACUACUACAGCGCGCUGUUCGACGCGCUCGGCGACGGGCUCGACGGCGACAGCGUGGAGCGGCACGUGGUGGAGCAGCAGCUGCUGGGGUGCGAGAUCCGGAACAUCGUGGCGGUCGGCGGGCCGAAGCGGACCGGCGAGGUGAAGGUGGAGCGGUGGGGGGAGGAGCUCAGGCGGGUCGGGUUCCGGCCCGUUUCGCUGGCGGGCAACCCGGCGGCGCAGGCCGGGCUGCUGCUCGGCAUGUUCCCGUGGAAGGGCUACACGUUGGUGGAGGAGGGCGGCUGCCUGAAGCUGGGCUGGAAGGACCUCUCGCUGUUGACCGCGUCCGCGUGGCAGCCGUCCGAUUGACCUUACCCUUUUCUUCCACUAUGCCGCCCCAUCAAGAUCGGACGGCCACGAAGAGGUCUCUGGGUAACGCUGGCAUACGACGCGCGCGGUCAUUUAAAUAAUGAGCGCGUGUCCAAAUCCGUCGAUUUCGAGGCGUAUUAAGGAAAUUCGGCCCCGUGAUUGGGCGAUGCGGACAUCGGUGCACGGGCGCUGCCGUACGUGCAAAAGCAGCCGAUGAAUUCCUCGGGAGGCUCGAAUGGUAGGCGGAAUAGCGUUCGGACAACGGUGAUUCCGAAGCGAAGGCAAAUCUCGUUCGCUUUUGUUGUUGUUGUUGUAAUUCUUUUGAGGGAUUAGUAGGGCAAAUUGUAUUUAUUUGUCGGGAAAAAAAAAAACAAAAAACCCAAUUUUGUGAAGACCGAAACGGGUCUUCUUUUUUUUUUUUUUUUUAAAUUGUUUAUAGCUCCUGAAUUUUAGGAAUAAAAGAAUCAAAUUUCUAUUCUUUGGUAAACAAAGAGAGAGACCCCCAUGACUUUUGGGGAUUUGAAGA